CUAUCAAGUCAUUUCACAUCCAUAUAAAUCCAAUAACGUUUAAACACUUACUAUUUCUGUUUAAUAUAGGCAGCCCAGAAUGGUAAUAGUCAAGAAUUUGAUAGACUUUACCUGUGUCAGCCGAAUAUUUUAGAUGCUCAUGAUUCAGUCGGCCAGACUGCUCUCCACUUGGCUGCAGCACAUUCUCAUGUCUCCAUAAUGGCAUAUAUCCUUGGACAUGGUGGUGAUAUCAAUAAACAAGAAAAUAAUGGCGAUACAGCACUUCACAUUGCAGUGAAGAUGAGACAAAAUCUCGGUGUUGAUUUCUUGCUUUGUCACAGUGCUGAUACAACAAUCUUAAACAAUUGUCAUAUGGCACCACUUCAUAUAGCUGCUGACAUGAAAGCAAUUAAUAUCUUGCAGACAUUACUGGAAUAUGAUGUUGACCCCAAUUUGAAAGGUCAUCGAAGCUGGACUGCUUUACAUUAUUCAGUAAACAAAGAUCAUUUAGCUGCUGUAAUUUGUCUGUUUCAGAGUGGAGGAGAUUUCUCCAUUGCCAAUGAUAACGAUGUUACCCCAAUGCAACUUGCCGCACAACAAUCAGCCAAUAAUACUUUAGAGUACUUGAAAAAGAACGCUCCAAUUGGAUUAUACACAGCUUGUGACAUCAAAAACAUUGUGGAUAGUGAGACUAAUGUAAAUCUACGUGUUGCAAUCUGUAACAGUGAUCAAAAGAGGGUUUUGAAAUUCCUACAAGCUGGCUGUCCAGUUGAUGACUUAGAGGAAGAUUUCUCUACUCCAGUUCAUUGUGCUUCAUCUCAAGGCAAAGUGGAAAUUCUAGAAUAUAUGCAAAAAUACCAACCUGAAAAGUUCUCCUCUGCCAUUUCCAUGGCUGAUCUUCAUAAGAUGACACCACUUCAUAGAGCUGCACAACUGAACCAAGCUGCUGCCGUGCACUUCCUACUUGAUAGGGGUGCUGACAUUAAUGCACUGGAUUCUCGUGGCCGAACUCCUUUUCUUUUAGCUGCAAGUAAAGGACAUUGGGAAAUGGUUCAGGUUUUAAUUAAAAGAGGUGCAAAUUUAUUAGUGAAAGAUGAAAGCUAUCGGAAUUUCCUUCACCUGGCAAUUGAAAAUGGAUCCCAUUUAAAUUUGUUUUGGAAUUCCUUGAGGAAACACAGUAAAGAUCUACUAAAUGAAAGAGACAUAAGUGGUUGGACACCACUGCAUUAUGCUGCUAAAAUGGGUCAUUUAACUGCUAUUGAUGACUUAAUGAAACUUGGGGCUAUUGUUAAUUUGAAAAACAAUAAUGAACAGUCACCAUUUCACCUUGCAUCCAGAUAUGGUCGCUUUAACACAUGUGUGCGACUCAUCACGGGUAAAGAUGGAUCUACAAUGUUAAACGAGAUGGAUAACAUGAAUCAGACUGCUCUUCAUCUGGCUUCUCAGAAUGGUCAUACCAAGCUGGUAUCACUUUUGCUAAGGAAGGGUGCAGUAAUAUAUAAAGACAAUGAUGGCAACACGCCCCUUCAUUUAGCAGCAAAGAAUGGAUACACACAAACUGCGCGACUACUUUUGGAUAUUUACCCCAAUAUCUUGGACUCUAAAAAUCUAAACAGAGACACACCCCUUCAUGUCACUGCUGCUGAAGGGCAUGCAGCAAUGGUAAACUUUCUGUUAACUCUCAGAGCCAAACUUGAUUCCAAUGAUAAAGAGAAAACCUUUUUUGAUUAUAUUAUUUGUAACAAACAUCAUGAUGCAGCAAUGGCAGUAGUUUUACAUGAAAGAUGGGAGGAAUGUAUGGAGCUAUAUUCUGUGUUGUAUGGCUGGCCAAUGAUUGGCCUUGUUCGACAACUUCCUGAAGUUUGUAUGGCUGUCUUAGAUCGAUGCCAGACUUCUUCAAGUCAUCAACCAAAGAGCUAUCAUUUUUAUAUUGAAUUUAACUUCAAACACAUGCAGCAUCCAGCUAUUUACCACAAGAAGAAGCCAGCCCAGAAAGAAAACUUUGGGCCUUUAUUCUGCUUAGUCAUGAUGGCAAAACUUGGAAGAGAAGAUUUACUUUCACAUCCUGUUUGUGAAAACUUUCUUAAAAUGAAAUGGAAUGCAUAUGGCCGUUGGAUCUAUAUCUUCAAUCUUCUCCUGUACAUAAUCUUUCUUGGACUUCUGACCAAUUUUGUGACCACUCAUGAUUCAAUGAUGCAUUAUGAUCCAGACUGCAGUUACGCUCUAAAUCAAACUUUAAAAGUAUCAACAGUUUCUGCUGAUGAUGAAAAGACCAAAGAAGAAAUUGAUGCUUGUAGCUUCAAAGUCAUGCAGACAUUUGAGCUGUCCAUUUUUCACAGUAUCACAAUAUGGUUGAUAACAAUUUUCUGUAUCAUAAAUUUACUGAAAGAAAUUGUACAAAUUAUACAGCAGUGGGAAGCAGGCGCUUUGGCCAUUUUCUUUGCUUGGUUCAACCUUCUGGUAUUCUUACAAAGGAUUGAGAUCUUUGGUCUUCACGUGGUCAUGUGUCUUGAAGUGCUGAGAACUUUAAUCCAGGCAAUAUGUAUCUACAGUAUUCUUUUCAUUGCCUUUGGUAUGGGUUUCUACGUUGUCAUGGCAAAAGAGGAAUCCCAUGCUCACCGUAGUCCAGCCUUGUCUAUCUUAAGAGUUGGAAUGAUGAUUCUGGAACCAGAGUUUAUGGAUAAUUUCAAUGAGCCAUUUACAGAUGAUGAUCCAUACACAUUACAUUUCGGCAAUGUCAGUAUUCUAAUGUUGGCCAUGUUCAUGUUAUUCACACCCAUCAUGCUUAUGAAUUUGCUGAUCGGUCUGGCUGUUGGCAAUAUUGAUGCUGUCAUCAGAGAUGCUCGAUUAAAAAGAUUGACAAUGCAGGUAGAAUUACAUGCCGAUUUGGAAAGCAAACUACCUCGCAGAUUUAUCCAGAAAGUCAAUAAAAUGAUUUACCGCAUCUAUCCCAACAGACUGAAAAUUGUAAAUGAAGACGCAGAUGCAGGGCAAUUGGAUGCUAAAUUAGCUAGUUUGGGCCGUUCAAUUGCACAGAAUGCUUACCUUUAUGAUGAAAUGCACCAACAAAAGAAAAGAUUGCGUGAUAUAACAAACAGCAUAAACAAACACUAUGAACUUCUUCGACUCAUUGUUCGCAAGAUGGACAUUAGCACAGAGGAUGACCACAAAGAUGAAGGUGUUGACACAAGUGUGGAGAGUGACAGUGAAUCAGGGGUUGAUAACUCUCACGUAGUCAAUGGAUGGUCAUCUGAUUUAGUUCGAAAUAAUUUGUUAAAGCGAACAGCUGUUUUGUCUUACAAGCAGAACAAAAACAUGAAGAAACAAAACUGAUUUGUGAUUGGUGUUCAUUUGAAAAUUUCAAGGGUUAACAUUGGAAAAUACCCAUCUUAAGACAUUUUGCAAACAAAAAUCAGGGAAUAUAGAGAAUUGAGCUGUCAAUUCUGUUAAAGAUGAUACUGAGAAAGAAAAUAUGAAUCAAUAAAAAUUAUUCAUUUAUUAAUUGUGCUACUUUAACAAAGAAGAGGGAAUAUAUAAAUUAUAUAGGAGAUAUAAUUAGAAAUAGAUGUUAGAUAGAGGUUGUUAUUUUGGGAGGGCUCACUACAAAGAGCCGAGUCAAAAUUUCAUGUUGAUCAGGUCUAAGUUUUGCCUGACCGUUUACUCAACAAAAGUUAAAGUACCAGUCAAUAGAAACUUUACAAUAAUUUGGAAUAGAAACAUGCUAAAACUAAUCAUGAAUAAAUCUAACUGAUCAUCAUUUUCAUCUAUAAUUCAUUCACACAAACAGAAACAUCAUAAGGAUAUAAAUCAAAUCCAGUACCUGACAGGUGCUUUAUUUUAUUUACCCCAGAAUGAAAGGCAAAGUGAACUUCAGUAGUAUUUGAACACAGAUAACAAAAGACUAUAAUUACUGUAGUUUAACAAUUUUGCUAUUAGUAUUUAGACACUAGAACAUAAUCCUUAAUUAUUUGAAGAGGGAUUGUGCUUAUGUUACUUUCAUAGAAGGCCUGUGAUAGCGAUGGACAGAACUCCUUUACCAAACUAGACCUAUAAAAAUUACUUUAAUGACUGGAAUAAAAUUUUAA